AACAAAACCUAUUCUGACUACGUUAAAGGAUACAAAAUCGACGAAAGCAACUUCUGGAUAGGACUGGAUAACGUUUACAGAUUCUUCUUAAUUUACAACUCCCUUCAAUUUAAGAUGGAGGCUAUCUUCGAAAAUGACGCAGUCAUUGCAUCUUGGAAAAACACAGGUGUUAGUAUUGAUAGUCCCUCUAAUUUCUAUAACAUAGAUUUUUCGGGGUCAUCUACUUCAGCUUCUGGGUCUGGCUACUCGAUCUCCGUCUCCAGCUGUCUGUCCAGUGGCGGGAAGCCGUUUUCUACCUGGGAUAACGACCACGAUGGUUCUCCGUCCAAUCUGGCCGCUCAGGCGGGGGCCGGCUGGUACUUCGGCUCCUCGUUGUCUUGUAACCCUCUGGGUCAGCUG